AGUUCACGAGCUGUUUACUCUCACCAGCUCGUGCAUUUCUAAAGCAAAUCAUGUGAAAUGGAGCUGCAGGAAAAAGUACCUGUGCCAAUAUUUACAGAAGUAGAUAAGGACGUGUUUCUGCGAGAUAUUUAUCCCGAGCGCAGACCAGCCGUCCUGAGAGGCACGUGUCUCGGACCAUGCCUGGAGAAGUGGACGGUGGAGUAUCUGGGACAGAGAGGGGGAGACAAGGAAGUGAAGAUCCACGUGUCCACUGUGCCGCAGAUGGACUUCCUGCACAAAAACUUUGCGUACAAGACUCUGCCAUUCAAUGAGUUUGUGAAAAGGGCAUCUGAAAAAAAGCACUCCGACUUCUUCCUGUGUGAGGACGAGAGCUAUUAUCUUCGAUCACUGGGAGAGGACGUUCGAAAGGAACCUGCUGAUCUGAGCAAACAGUUCCCGGACAUGGCGGAGGACUUUCACAUCCCACAGUUCUUUGAACCCAAUCAGUUUUUCUCCAGUGUGUUCCGCAUCAGCUCCUGUGGUCUGCAGCUGUGGACGCACUACGACGUGAUGGACAACCUGCUGGCUCAGGUGACGGGGAGGAAGAGAGUGGCUCUCUACAGCCCCCAGGAUGCAUUGCACCUCUACCUGUCAGGUGAUAAAUCGGAGGUGCUGGACAUCGACUCCCCGGACCUGAAUCAGUUUCCUGAGUUUGUGAAGGCAAAGAGAUACGAGUGUGUGCUGGAGCCAGGGGAUCUACUUUUUAUCCCUGCGCUGUGGUUCCACAACACCCUGGCCCUGCAGUUCGGUGUGGGCGUAAAUGUGUUCUGGCGCCAUCUACCUGCCGACAGCUAUGACCGGAAGGACCCGUAUGGUAACAAAGACCCCGCAGCCGCGACCCGGGCCCUUCAGGCGCUGGAGAGGGCGCUACGCACUCUGGACGAGCUCCCGGACGAUUAUCGGGACUUUUACGGGCGCCGAAUGGUCCAACGCAUCCAGAAGCGGACGUACUGUGACGGCCAGUCGAGCACAACUACACGGGACGGAACGUUAUCCAGCAGCCAGUUCACCAAACCUGGAUGAGGGUUGGAAGUUGAAUGUGAUUUUAACAGAGCAUGUGGACGUUUGGAUGAACAAAAUAUCAACAUGAGGCCAUAGUCACCAUGACGUCAUCCGUUGGUUUGUUGAAUGCUGUCUUGAAGCCUCGAGUUUAGCGAUUUGGCUGCCGCCAUCUUGGCUUUUUUGCAACCAAUGAACAGAA